UUGCGUGUGUACCGCGGUUUGAUUUUCGCUAGUGAGUGGAUAUCAUGCACAUACUGUGUGGAAAGGCUAGCGAGCUAUUCCCCGUUUAGUCAAAAAGCUAGCGAGUGAGCUAGCUAUAAUGCUUGAUUUAAUAUAACGCGACAUACCGUAACGCUAGGGAAAUAUAAUAUGCAGAGGGAAAUGCAAAAUGCACAGGUCACACUGCUUGUCUCUGAGAGAUAGGUAGCUAGAUACCUAUCUGGACAACUGUGUCAGCACUUAAGUUAGUAAUUUCUCGCUUAGUAGGAAUACUACCUAAACUACGCUACACCAUUGGAAUGCGAUCUAUCUAAAUCAGCAAGGCAGGCUAGGUUGUCAGCUAGCUAGCUGGCUAACUAUCGCAUGUGGUCAGGCAGGUUGGCUUGCUACCUAAGCUUACCAGAAGCAGGAGUGGUUUGUAUGGUUUGAAAUUAAUGUGCGCCUGGCGACGCAUAACCAAUAUGGACAGUGUGCGCUGGGCAUUUCGGUGCGGCUCGUGGACUCCGAAUUGUUCCGAGUGGUUAUUCGCCGCACGCUGUGUUCAGGCGGAAGAGAAAGAACGCAUUGGACAGUUCGUCUUUGCCAAAGAUGCGAAAUCUGCAAUGGCUGGUCGUCUGCUAAUGAGAAAGCUCAUCUCAGAGCGGAUGGGGAUCGCCUGGGACCAGAUCCAUCUUGCAAGGACGGCCAAAGGGAAGCCCUUCCUCGCCAGCCCACCUUCUCCCAGCACUCUCCGCAGGUGGAGCUUUAAUGUGUCCCAUCAGGGGGACUUUGCAGUCUUGGCAGCUGAGCAGAAUCUGCAGGUGGGGGUGGACGUGAUGAAAACAGCCAUGCCAGGCAGUAGCACAGUGUCGGACUUUUUCCGGAUCAUGAAGAGACAGUUCACUGACCACGAGUGGACAGCCAUCAGGGCAGCGGGGCCGGAGUGGACGCAGCUGGACAUGUUCCACCGACACUGGACCCUGAAGGAGAGUUUCAUCAAGGCCAUUGGGACAGGACUUGGGUUCGAUCUUCAGAGGGUGGAAUUCCAUAUCUCGCCUGUGCAAAUGCAGGAAGGUCAGGUAUACAGAGAGACCAAGAUGUACCUGGAUUUUGAGGAAGAGGAGGACUGGGUGUUUGAGGAAUGCCUCCUGGAUGCAGACCACCAUGUGGCCGUUGCACUGGGGAAGUGGGAACGCCCUGGUGAUGACAUGGGUGAUGACUGUCACACAGCCUUUUCCCCCCGCCCGCCCCCAAAGUUCACGCUGCUGAGCUUUGACGACCUUGUUUCGGGAGCCGUACCCCUCACAGAGGAGGACCCCUCAUACUGGGAGAGCUUCCGGAAGAAGCAGGAGGCACCGUCCCGCCAGAGCGACCCGUCCAGAUGAUUCCAGACGCAGGCCUCGGAGGGACUCAAACACACCCACGCCUCAACCGGCAAGGGACACUGUCGUGCCCUGAGCUGUCCUGCACUGCACCGUUUAAACGUUCAUAUCGCAGGCUUCCUUCACUCUAGCAAUUCGGGUGAGAUUUAUUGUUGAAAAUUAGAGCCACAGUGUCCAGCAUUUUAAGCCCAUCCGCUUUGUCUUUGUGUCCGGUGUUCGCGCCGUUCCCCACUGCCGCAGAGAGAUUCCAUCAAAAGCAAAACAGAACAAUAGUCAUCAUCUGCACCAUGUGAAUGCCUCAUACAUACAACAGAAAGAAAUAACGUCUUUGUUAAAAGUGUCUUCUGGAGGGAAGAUUUGAUAAUAUUCCAUUAGUUUUCCAUAUUGUGGACAUUCACUCACAGCACUUGAGGCCUAAUGAUAGGCUGGCAAGAGUGAAAUGCUGUCAUCGCCACCGAUUGUCACACAUGCUGUGCGUUGCAUUUUUCUCAAAUUGCCCAAUCAAGGACAUGAGUGAAAUUGUAAGUGAAAUUGAAAAUGGCAAAAAAUUGAAUUGCAUGAUUUGAGUUGUGUUUUUUCCCCAGUUAUCUGUUGUCUUCUGCCGUGUGCCGUGAUAAUAAAAAAUCCAUCCCCAUCACGCUUCGCUCGAGACGGUAUGUCAGCAGUGGCUAAAUGCGAAAUCAAAUCAACCAAAUCAAAUCAUUGUGUAAUUAAUUAUUCCUUCUUUCCCUCUCUCCAUCCUCUUUCUGCCUGUUAGUCUCCAGCCUCUUGCUCUCUGUUCGUUCCUCCUUUCCGUCCUGUGUGGACUUUGUGUUCCUCGAGUUGUGUUCGAGUUUCUUUUGCCUUUUCCCCCUUAGAACGGCGUGCCCGAGAUUCCUCGCUCUCUGCUUCACACUCCAUCUCCCAUAUCCUCUCCCUCUAACCCCCACCCCUCCAAAUCCAUCCACUAGCCUUCUUACACUCCAUCUGCUGCGCAGUCUAUUUUUGUCGGGGAAACAUUUCGUGGGCCAUUAGGGGUUUGUAUGGGAGGCAUUGCUUUUAACGAACCAGCUCCGCGCUCUUCCGUAGGAAGCCGCGGCUGCGUUUCCGGCAGCUCUUGGCCAGGCGGUGACUCCGCGGUGCCGGCUGUGCAGAACGAGGAGCCCAUGAAACAAACGGCCAAUUAUCUUCCCUUCGCAGCAUCCAGGAACGACAACAUUGAUUAAACUCUUUAUCGCUGAGCUUUGAGUCACACUGUGUGUCACCAUGGCCCAACCUUCCCCUCCCCCUUUCUCUGCAACCU